AUGGAACAGCUACGCCAACCUAGGAAGCGCUUUGGCGCCAGGCGUCCUGCCCAGAAAGAUUCAAAUAGCCCUGAUGUCGAGUCCACGGCCGUUCAAACGGCUGGACCUCGACGGGCACCCCGAAUACUGAAUCAGGUACCUCCAGAAAUUGUUAAUGACCCUGAAAUUCAAGCCGCUAUUGAAUUACUUCCCAAAAAUUACCACUUUGAGAUCCCAAAGACGAUCCACCGAGUCCGCUCUUCGGGGGCAACACGAGUCGCUCUCCAAUUCCCAGAGGGACUGCUCAUCUUCGCAACAACCAUAUCGGAUAUCCUUACCCAGUUCUGCCCGGGUAUUGAGACUUUGAUCAUGGGAGAUGUAACAUACGGCGCCUGCUGUAUAGAUGAUUAUACAGCUCGCGCCCUCGGCUGCGACCUUCUCGUUCACUAUGCGCACAGCUGUCUAAUCCCAGUGGAUGUUACGAAGAUCAAGACCCUUUAUAUUUUCGUUGAUAUUACUAUCGAUACAGCUCACCUGCUUGCAACCCUCGAACGUAACUUCAAGCCUGGCCAGAGCAUCGCCACUGUUGGCACAAUCCAGUUUAACGCGACCCUGCAUGGCCUCAAAUCUGUUCUGGAACGUGCUGGCUUCCGUGUCAUAGUUCCACAAAUCAUGCCACUUUCAAAGGGCGAGAUCCUAGGCUGUACAUCACCUAAACUUCCCGAAUCUGAAGUCGACGUUAUCCUUUAUCUCGGUGACGGCCACUUCCACCUCGAGUCCGCCAUGAUACAUAAUCCAUCUAUCCCCGCCUACCGCUAUGAUCCUUAUUCACGCACCCUGACCCGUGAAUCCUACGAUCACGAUGAAAUGCACACACUGCGACGCGAUGCGAUUGCUUCCGCAAAGACCGCCAAAAAGUGGGGGAUCAUCCUCGGCUCGCUUGGGCGCCAGGGCAAUCCUCACACAAUGGCGAUGAUUGAGCGCCAUCUGGCUGAGCGAGGUAUUCCCGUGAUCAAUCUUUUACUAAGCGAGAUCUUCCCCGGCAAAUUGGCUUCUAUGUCUGACGUUGAGUGCUGGGUUCAGAUCGCUUGCCCACGUCUCAGUAUCGACUGGGGCUAUGCAUUCUCACGUCCAUUACUCACACCAUAUGAGGCUUUGAUUGCUCUUGGUGAGCGUGAGGACUGGGGCAAGGCUAACAAAGGUGUAUAUCCGAUGGACUUUUAUGCCAAGGAAGGAUUGGGCCGAACACGACCUGAGCAGGCUAUCAGCUCCUAG